AUGAGCGUCGAUAUUCUCUACCGAAACCAGUUGCGAGCCACGAUAAACAUUGCCCACUCCAAAUACAAGGCCUUGUCGAGCAGCGGCUCGGACGGCAAGAUCGAAUUUGACAAAGGUGCUGAGGAACCGGUUUUUGGACUGGAUGCUGGUGCAUACUCGUUUGCGAUGGUGGACAAUGUCGGGUAUGGGUUCGACUAG